UCGAGCUUCUGUAUCUGGUGUCCAGAUUGUCUUAUCUCACUCUUGGAUCUUUCUGGUCUUGUUUGUUACUUAAUAUAAAGACUCACUGCAAAGUGAUGGUGAAGAUGCUGUUUGGCGCAUGAAGAUAAACAGAUACUAUUUUUUCGAGGCUUCUGAUUUUUUUAAAUUAAUGAGUGUCUAUAUUUGGAAAGAGUUUCCCACAGCACCAGUUUCAAACUCAGGUUUGUGAAGGGCGUCACACCCAUGAUAGAUGCAUUCCUUAGAUAAUGGCACUGAAAUGCUUUCUGCUCAACCUUGGUCCUCUUUGUUGCUUGUUUGACGGUCCAUUCUUGUAUUUUCUAACUAAUAAUAUUACAGUAUAAGUGUUUAAAUCUAACUUUAAGACUUGGGCUUGUAAGUAUUAUUUUGCAGCAUCACAGGUACAGCUGUUAAAAGGCAAGGAUCUUACCAGGCACUUUUCUGAGUUCUCCAGUGCUCAUUAUGGUUUUAAUGUGGUAAGUUUGCACAUGUAAUUUUGAGGCUUUUAAGAAUUUUCUCAAGGUAAUUGGUAUUUUUGUAUAGAACAAAAAGGAUAAUGGGUAGUUUAAAGUUGAAGCUCUCUAAAUGAGAUAUGCCCUACGCUGAGAUGUCUCCCGUCCUUGCAGUGUUUCUUGUACAGAACUUCAUCUAAAAAAACAGAAAAGUGAUUUACAGCAUUAGCAUCAAUACAUGGAUCUUCUAUUGUUAGAUGUGCUGAGUUAGCCAGCCUGUACCUGAGCAGCACUGCGGUCAAAAUUCACGCAAUCGAGACAGAUGAUCAUUUCUGUAUUUUGCAGUUUGUUGGUCAUACAAACAGUUCGCCUGAAUGUUCUUCCAGGCAUAUGUGCUUAUUUUUUUCCUCUUAGUUUUACUGCAGUGCUGAACGAUUGUUUAAGGUGUAUCUUGUUACUGGUGGCAUCAGACAUCAGACUGUGUGAGCCACUUCUGAUGUGCUGUGGUGACUCUAAGUUUCCUGCGUGUCUUGAUGGUUGCUUUUGCAGAUAAAGCUCAGCUGCUUCACAGGGUCUUAAUUUAAGCUGAAUUGCAUUCUGUGGUGCAUGAUGAAUGUUAAGCUGCAUGAGGUCAGUGUUCUUACUGCUUCCAGCCCCUGAAAGAUUGGGUGAAAAGAAGAAUACAGCUUGAUUACAGCUAAUGUGAGGAGAUGGGAAAAGAGUGAUGCUAAAGGAAAUAUAUUACCUGCUCCGGUCUGAGUCAAAGGAAGCAUUUAAACAAAGCUACACGCCUCCUCCUUCACCACCUCCUCCUCCACCACCUCCUCCUCCCUACAACACAGAACUGUCCCCUUGCCUUUGGCCAAGCAGUCUUAGAAAAUUUUGCAAGAGUGAGAACAACACUAGCUUUAUUUAUGAUUAUACUCGUGAAUAAUUUAGUGUAUUUUUUCUGUAGGUGUUUCAACCUUCUGUUUGGAAUAAUACAGUAAAUAAAAGAAUUACAGAGAGGUGACAAAUUGGAUAAACGUAACAUACUAAAUGCAUUUGGGAAAAUACUUUGACGUGCCUUAGCACGUUGAUUCUUCAAGUCUCCGGAAGUCACUUGGAGUUAUAAAGUACACUCACCGUUCACCAUUUUUCCAUUAGAAGUGCCUCAAUUCUUUGUGGAAUAGAUUCAACAGGGUGCUGGAAACAUUCUUCAGAGACUGUGGUCCAUAUUGAUAUGAUAGCAUCACAAGGUUACACCACCUUUGUUGCCUUCAAAUCUAUUACAUGACAUGUUAUCCUGCCUAAAAACCACUUAUAUAAGGCAUGAUGGAUCCAUGCUUUCAUGUUGUUUACACCAAAUCUUUACCCUGCCACCCACUGCAUCAGAACUCGACACAGUGUGCCAAUUUUGGCUUCAGUUGUCUGUUUACAGCUGACAGGUGUGGCACCUGGUAUGGUCUUCUGCUGCUGUGGCCCAUCUGCUUCAGUGUUUCAUGUGUUGAUUAUUCAGGGAUGCUCCUCUGUAUACCUUGGUUGUAAUGAUUGGUUGUUUGUAUUACUGUUGUCUUCGUCUCAGCUUGAAGCAGUCUGGCCAUUCUUCUCUAACAUCUGAUAUCAACAAGAGUUCUCCUAGAGAACUGCUGCUCAGUCACUGGAUAUUUUCUCUCUUUCAGACCAUUCUCUGUAAAUCUUAGAGAUUGUUGUGAAGGAAAAUCCCAGGAGAUCAGCAGUUUCUGAAACUCUCAGACCAAGUCGUCUAGGACCAACAACUGUCACACAUUUAGUGUCACUUGACCCACCUUUUGCCCCCAUCCUUGACCAUGUCUACAUUCGCAAAUCUAAUGAGUCGCCUCCAAAUUUGAAAGUCGCAGUAAGGAGCAGUUGAACAGAUAUACCUAAUAAAGUGGCUGGUAAAUAUAUAUUAUCUCAAUUGGUGUUUUGAUGAUGGUUGUCUUGUGAAAUGGUCUUUCAGAUGAUGAUAAAUUACGUCAACAUCUGGUCCACAGGGGGUCAAAGGUUCAGGUUUCGUCCUUUCAUUUUCACCAUUUUCACCAGUUCAUAUAAAUAAAGGUUUUCUACACUAAUGUUAACAAGACACUUUGCUCCAUAUUUGUUCCUUAAAAUGUUGUAUGUCUUGGUGUAUGACAUCUAUGCAUAUUAAAGCCUGAGCGCCUAUGCGUGCAAUUUUAAUAUUUAUGUUCUUAUGCUGAAUCGUCCGAGCACCGAGAGCGCCUUUCAUGUAGCUCGGCACGUGACAGAAGCUGUCCGUGUGCUUGUUUGUUUAACAUAGCAGACAUGAGCCAAGCUCAGCAUACACAGGGAGGCUGACUGAAGCAUAGACGGCCUGGUCAUCAGCUUACUCUUUACUUUGUUUCCUGCUUCCGAUGGCCACUGUGAUUGAAACAACACAAUUGUAAUUUGUGCUUGUUGGGUGGCAAGGCGGCUGUAUUACAAUCACAUCAGCCUGGGGGCCGCCUGGAUGGGAGGCUUUGUUAUCUUCUAUCAGAUCUGACAAAGGGAGUUUUAUAGGCAUGUGCACACUCAACAUAUAGUAUAUUGAGUAAAAUGGAAUUACAGAUGCUUAUAUGCGUAGUGUUUUCAUCCUUAGGGCAGGUCUGUUGGUUGCUGAGCCCAGCAGGGAGGUUGGUAUGUCAGUAUCAUCAGUCUAUAGAAGCAACCCGGUGUGCAACCCGUGGAAAAAAGUGAUGAAUAGGAAGUGGCAGGGAUGCAACAUGCCCUCUAGAGUCUGAGGACUGGGUAAGGGGGAGGUUGGAAAAAUCAGGCCACAUAUAUCCUCUGAUAGGAGCGGUCGGUGGAUACGUGCAACGAAAGGGCAGGAAGAUUGUAUCAACAUCGUAUAAUUGCCUUAUCUCCGCCCAGAGUUGUUACAUCAUUGUAAGCCUGCAACAUGAAUUUCUGUAAAAUAAAACAGCACCUGUGAAGCUGCAGCUGCCCUUGCUGAUCUUUGUAAUCCUAUUCAGCUAGACUAGAAGAAUUGCUCCGUGGAUAGCAAUGUGGCUGACUGACUCAUCACAGUCAUUGUGUCAAGAGGAUGAACCCUGUUGACUUUGUUGACACACGUUUAUUUUUUAUUUUUUUACGGCAAACCAGAUUUUACAACCAACUAUGAUAACACUGCCAGCAUGGCUGCUUAUUUUUCUUAAUUCACAAAAACAGAGCCAAAUUGCAAGGCAGAGUAAUGCAACCAGCGUCCCCGACCUCAGUUAAGCUUGCAAGUUAAGGCACAUAGUCAUACAGGUCAAAUUUGUGACACGAGAGGAAAAUAAGAAAAAUGGGAUAUCUUCUUCUUCCACUGUCUUCAUCAGCUACAAAAGAUAAUUUAUGCUAUUGCCUGUUCAGUACAAGCCUGUAUUAAUUCAAAUUCAAGAUUGUUAAAUCAAAAUAUGAUUUCAUUUGCAAAAUUCUCUUGAAGUUGUUGCAGAAUCUAGGCCCCUUAUUGUUCUCUCGGCUGGAUGUGACAGGCUGUCAGAUUUGACAGUGACACACUCACCUACACCUGUGUGAUCAGUGUGUGUUUCAGCACCUUCUCUCAUUAGUAAUCCCAUUUUCUUCUCUGUCUUAGAUCAAUAGCUGUAGAAACUGAAUAACUAUUUAAAUUUGUAGGUAUUUUCAUAUUGUCUUAUGUUGAGAAAUUAGAAUGUAAAUGACAAAAUACUUAAUAAAUAAGUAAAAUGACUCUCGGUUGUUUUUGAUGGAUUAAGAGAGAUAAGACAUGUGAUGUGACUAAUUAAUAAUUAAAAUAUUUUUAAAAUAAAUAAACAUCCAUUAGAUGACACUUGGUGUAGUAUUUUGCUUUCUGGCUUCUUUUACUUUCUACUUUUUCACUUUGCUGAUGAUAUAUUCUUUGUAUACACUCCCUGACAAUGUCAUUAGUUAUACCUUGCUUCAUUAGUUAAUGGGGACUCUCUUUUAACUUCAUGCUUUAAAUAUUUGUAGCAUAGAUUCAUCAACGUGCUGGAAACAUUCUUCAGAGAUUUUGAUCUAUAUUGGCAUCAUAGCAUUACACAGUUGCUACAGAUUUGUCUUUUGCACAAUUUGAAUACAGUUAACUCUAGGUCAUGUUUGCGUCAAUCAAUCUCAGGUAUGAUUUAGGCUCAAAAUGUGCCCUAAAGAAUAUAAGGCAGGAUGGAUCUGUGCUUCGAUGUUGUUCAUGACAAAUUCUGACCACACCCUAAAGGAGACAUCCCAGAUUGGGACCUUCUAAAAAUUCGAUUUAAACUUCAGCAGGUCAUCUUAAUCGUGUUGUUGAGUUGCUGCCAUGUGGUUGACUGAUCAGAUAUUUGUGUUAACAAAUAAUUGAACAGGUGUAUCUAAUGAAGUGGCCAGUGAGCAUAUAGGUUAAACACUUAAUAGUGUGAAUCAUCACCUCCAGGAAUCCAAUAUGGCUGUCUUGUGGCUCCGAUAAGUAACAAAGUCAGAGAUAAGAUUCAGAUUUUCUCUGUUCUUGAAAGGGACAUUGAUAUGAAUUUAAAUCUUUAUGUAUCUCUACUACCGCAAAUAUGAAGCUAGUAUUGGGUUAUUUUGAUAAGUUACACCGGGAAAUACGCAAAACAACAUUUUUUUUCCUUUUCGAAAAAACACAACACAACUGAUUGGUUCAGUGUCUGUGCUGCACAGUUUUUAUGUACUUCUUCAGCCUUUUAUAAGACACACAUAAGUUCUGGAAAUGCAAUAAAAACAACUCAUUAACUGUCAACUCACACAUUUUUAAUGUCAUAUGUCAGACAACCAUAAAAAGGCAAAAUACAAAAAUGAGCAGCGUUUUAACUCUGUUUUAACUGCAAAAAGCUUUUGUUUUAUGAGACAGCACAGCUGUACUGAGUCAUAUUCUGUUUAAAGAUUGGCACAAUUUUUCAGUGGAAAAUUAAAAUGCACUAAACUGGAAACACUGAACUGUUUUAUAUUACUUAUUGGGUGUAGCUCAGCAGCCUAUGCUACUCAUUCAGCAUGUACUACCUAUGUAUUUUUAAUUAAAGUUUUUCUUUAUAUUGUAUUCAUCGCUUCUUGGUAUUCUAAAGUAUUUUUCAACCAUUUCCCUGUUUAAUUUCUUAAUAUUGAUUGAAGUAUAUUGAAGUAUAUACUUCAAUAUAUACUGGCAGAUGUCAAACACCUGACAAACUAGAAGCAGGGUGGUACUUUUCCAAGUAUAACACAUAAUGUGCAAAGCCACAAGACUUUUUCUGUCUGCAGAUGAAAACAUCCAAACAUCCAAAUAUCAGUUUUUAGACUUUACUUGAAAUAAAAAUCAAACCACAAUUCAGCUUUGAUUGGCACAUCUGCAGUCAUUGCAGUCAGUUUUAUCUUCCUGAACAUUAGUCUUCGCAUCCUGUCUGUGACUGGCCUCCCUUCGCUUUUGCUCUUGCUUUAUGAAGGUGGCCAUGCUGAAAAUGAGCAGGAUUGUGUGAAUAGAUAAGCUUGAGCUUGUGACAGAGAGAGGGAGAGAGAGGGAGAGAUUGAGCAUGCUCUCCCGUGUGCUCGGUGACUGGAGUUGAGUAAUCACCUAGCAACUGCUGCUCAGAAGAAGUCAGCAGCUGACUGGCACACUGCUGAGCUCUCCGGCUGAGACGGUCUGCUCGCACUGCUCUGAGAGCAGUUUGAGGGCGUUGCUGGAUCCUGCUGGACCAUGCUGACUGUGACCUGCGACAGACUGCUUGAUACCCUGGAAAUCUUAAAAUCAGACAUACAUGCUUGGAGUGUUUGCCAACAUCUGGAUUAAGAGAGCGUGGCGAAGCUUUCAGUAGCAGGCUGCAUGGGACUCUGGUAGCAUCUUUAGAAAUAUCAUCACUGUAUGGCUGGACUACUCGCCCCACCCUAUGGUGUCAUGGAAAGCGGUUGUAACGCAGACAGACUGCCUGACAAAGAGAACAUAAGCAACAACUCGUUUGUUGUCUCCAAACCUCUGAAUAAGAAGUCAUUCAUUCAAAGUCCAGCCAAACCCCACCCUAAAUGCUUUUCUCAGGUCCCCUCCGAGAAGAUCCUCCGUGCAGGGCAGAUUCUCCGGAACGCCAUCCUCUCCAGGGCGCCUCACAUGAUCAGAGACAGGAAGUACCAUUUGAAGACGUACAGGCGGUGUUGUGUGGGGACAGAACUGGUUGACUGGCAAUUGCAGCAGAGCUCAUGUGUCCACUCUCGCGUUCAGGCUGUAGGCAUGUGGCAGGUGCUGCUGGAAGAAGGUGUUCUCAACCACGUGGACCAGGAGCUGAGCUUCCAGGACAAGUACCUUUUUUACCGCUUUCUGGACGAUGAACAGGAGGAUGCCAGUUUCCCCACUGAAGACGAAAGAAGGGAGAGCCAAGAGGAGCUACAGGAUACCUUGCUGCUUCUCUCGCAGAUCGGGCCUGAUGCCCAUCUGAGGAUGAUCCUGAGGAAACCUCCAUCUGAAAGGACAGCAGAUGAUUUGGAGAUCAUUUAUGAGGAGUUGCUUCAUAUUAAGGCCUUGUCACACCUCUCCACCACUGUGAAGAGAGAGCUGGCCGGAGUGCUGAUCUUUGAGUCCCAUGCAAAGGCAGGAACAGUAUUGUUCAAUCAGGGUGAGGAGGGCACAUCCUGGUACAUCAUUUUAAAGGGCUCAGUCAAUGUUGUCAUCUAUGGAAAAGGUGUUGUUUGCACUCUUCAUGAAGGAGACGACUUUGGGAAGCUGGCGCUUGUCAACGACGCCCCCCGCGCCGCCUCCAUUGUCCUGCGAGAGGACAACUGUCAUUUCCUGAGAGUCGACAAGGAGGAUUUUAACAGGAUUUUGAGGGAUGUGGAAGCCAACACUGUGCGACUGAAGGAGCACGGUCAGGACGUUCUGGUGUUAGAGAAGAGCCUCAGCAGCAGUCGAACAUCUGUCCAGGGAUCCUCUUCCUCUCAUUACAAAUACAACGUAAUGUCUGGGACGCCGGAGAAGAUUUUGGAGCACCUCCUUGAAAUGAUGCGAUUGGAUUCUCAAUUCACAGAGUCAGACUCAGCCUUAGAUGACUUUGUGCUCAUGCACUGUGUCUUCAUACCCAACAGUCAGCUGUGUCCGGUGUUGAUGUCCCACUACCAUGCCCAGGCCUCGCAGGGAUCUGAACAGGAGAAGCUGGACUACACGCUUAAUAACAAGCGCAGGGUGAUCCGGCUGGUGAUGCACUGGGCUGCCGUAAAUGGGGAUCACCUGCAGGAAGAGGAUGUCUCAGGGUUGUUUCUGGAGGAGUUUUUCAUGGCAGUAUCUAAUGAUGCCAAAGCCUUUCCUGCCCUCAGGGAUCAACUAACAGAACUGGAAAGAAUUGUAAAACGCAAUGCUGAAGAUGCCAGAUCCUCACAGAAAAAGCACAAAGUCCUGCUGCGGCAUUUCAGUGUGGGAGAGGAGAAGCUUCAGAAACGUCAGCCCAUCAGGAGUAACGAUGAAAUCCUGUUCAAAGUCUACUGCUGUGACCACACCUACAUCACAAUCCGGGUCCCUGUAGCCUCUUCAGUCAGGGAGGUUAUCGGUGCUGUGGCUGACAAGCUGGGGUCAGCGGAGGACCUGCUCCUGGUCGGCCUCAGUUCGGCAGGAGAGAAAACCAUCUUUAAGCCCAGUGAUAUGUCGGUGUUCUCCACACUCAGCAUUAAUGGACGGCUGUUUGUGUGUCGGAGGGACCAGUUGGAUUCUUUGACCACUUUACCUGAGCAGGAGGGUCCCUCUACAGGAUCACUGGCCAGCUUUGAGUUAAUGAGCUCUAAGGACGUGGCUUACCACAUGACUUCCUAUGACUGGGAACUUUUCCACUGUGUACAUGAGCUUGAACUCAUCUAUCACACAUUUGGGAGACAAUAUGUGAAGAAAACCACUGUGAACCUGGACCUGUUCCUGAGGAGGUUCAAUGAAAUUCAGUUUUGGGUGAUCACUGAGAUGUGUUUGUGUCCUCAGCUGAGCAAGCGAGUACAGCUUCUUAAGAAGUUUAUCAAGAUCGCUGCCCACUGCAAGGAGUACAGAAAUCUGAAUGCCUUCUUUGCUAUCAUUAUGGGCUUAAGUAACCCGGCUGUUUGCAGACUGAGUCAGACAUGGGAGAAACUUCCCAGUAAAUUCAAGAAGUUUUAUGUGGAAUUUGAAAACUUGAUGGAUCCGUCCAGGAACCACAGGGCGUACCGGCUAACAGUAGCCAAACUGGAACCUCCCAUCAUUCCUUUCAUGCCCCUGUUGAUCAAAGACAUGACAUUUACUCAUGAGGGCAACAAAACAUUUAUCGACAGUUUGGUCAAUUUUGAGAAAAUGCGGAUGAUAGCUAACACAGUGAAGAUAGUGAGAUACUGUAGAAGCCAGAGAUUCAGUCCAGAGUCACCACUGCCAAGCAAGAACCACCCUGACGCUUGGACUUAUAUUCGUCAGCUUAACGUGAUCGAUAACCAAAGGAUGCUUACUCAGCUCUCUCAUGGACUUGAGCCCCGCAGGUCUUGAAAUCCACUCAGGGACAGAAACAUUACACGAAGACGCUACUCCAUGACGUGAUGUGCGCUCGCUUGGGAUGAGUUUACUUAGUACAGGAUUGAGGACCUGAUGUUGUAUCAGAUAAUGAGAUGUUGUUUCAGAAGCCUGCCUUGUUAAGCUUUUUCUUACAGUAAUUAGUGAUAUUUUAGCAGUAGUUGUUGGCGGGUGACGUACCUCCUCGUAUCAUUGUCGUACAGAUAUCACAACAAACAGCAUGAAGAAAUGAAUGAUGUUUGGAGGGAUCUCAUCAAACUGUGUAAGAUUUUAGAUGUAAACGCUAUAUGAUGCUGACGCUUACAGGUCUCAGUAUUCCUGAUAUUCAGCUGUUUCGUAUAUUUUGUAUCAGACAAUAUUUAUAUAUAUUUAAGUUUUUAAGACUCUUGUGUUGUAAAUUGUAUACAGAUAUUUAUUUUGACAAGCAUGCAGAGGAUUAUGAUUGUUUUAUGUUUUUAUUCAUGUGAGCACAUUUCUCUUUAAAGCCUGAGAUAUCAUAAGUGUCUGAAAACCUUUUUGUGCGCUCUAAAUAAUAAAAAACCUUUAGAUGUAUUUGUUCAACUUUAUAUUUGUUAUCUAGUAUAAAGACAGUUUGGUCAGUAUAGUGUCAGUGUAUAAGCUGGAAAUCAACCAAGACAAGUCAUGAAACGUUUUCUUACAUCUUGUUGAAUUAGAGCAGCAGAGCAGCAGCAGAACAGGUCAGCUGAUCACAGUCUGUACAUUAUGAAAAUCUACUGGAGCACACAAUAGAAAUGACUGUGAGCUGUUCAAAUCAUUGUCGAUAUCUACGGAGGAGGUCAGGAGAGUGGUGCGUGCUGUGAGUGUCUGCAGCCAUUUGUAAAACAUGGUGGAAGCGCUGCAAUAAUUUGGAGCUUCAUUUCAGCCAGUGGUGUUGGACCUCUUGUCAGAAAUAAUGAAAAUAUGAACACAAAUGUACCAUCAGAUUUUGAUCCACCAUGCAAUACCAUCUGGACACCUCUGAC